CUGGGUUGAGAGUUGGACUUGAAGAAAGAAUGAAAAGAAGAAAAAAAAAAAAAAAAAAAAAAAAGCAAUUGUUUAUUUGAAUUGCUCUGCUUUUCUUUUUUUUUUUUUUCUUCUUUUCAUUCCAUUCUAUUGCUCACUCUCCCUCCCUUCCUUGCCAGCCAUUUUGGUUGAAUUGGGAUGGCUGGCAUCCUCGUUCCCCCUUCAUGACCUUACUUUUUUUUUCGUUUCUCCCUCUCUUUCAUCCCCUCCAGCCAUCCUAUCCAUUUUCCUACCCUCGUCCUUUUUCUAUAUAAAUCCUGUUCAGCAUUCCUUUCCAUCUCAAGCAAAUCAACCUUUGUCAUCCACAACACAUUUCUUUACCUUAGUUUUUUUUUAUUUUCUUUUUUGAAAAAACAAUGCUCUUUGCUCGCUCUUUCCUUCAAUCUCUCUUGGCCGUUGCCUUCUUUGCUCUUCCCUCUCUUGCCGAUCCUUCUUCCUCUUCCUCUAUUACCGUCUCCGAUUCGGCUGACAUUUCCUCUUCCACUUCCGCUUCUCCCACCGCUCCUGCUACUACUACCGUCUACCUCGUCCGUACCGUCGACUCUCAAAAUAGCCCUCUCGCUCAACCUCCCGUUACCGUUUACAAUGUUUUGAAACCCGACACCGUCACCGUUACCGCCUCUCCUACCGCCCACGCCAAACGCUCCAUCAGCUUCAACGAAACCCUCGACCACUCCUCCAUUGCUUCUCCUUCCCCUUCCGUCUCUACUCCCAUCUACUCUGCCGUCGUUCACGUCCCUUCUAACGGUGCUCAUCCUCCUUUUGCUACUUCCAAUCCUCUCAUCAACUCUCCCGCCUCUUACAACACUUCUGCUCCUGCUUCUACCAUCGGUUCUUCUUCCGCCGUCUCUUUUACCGCUUAAUUUUAAAAAAAAACUUUUCCUCCUCCUCCUCCUCUAUCUACCUACCCCAAAUAAAUGGAUGUUUUUGAUACUCUUGCUACAAGAUAUCCUCUUGGGUAAUUUCAUUUCAUUCUCUAUUACUGCAGGUCAGUAAUACGAUUCUCCCCGCUUCUCCUACCCUCUUGUCUCGUCGGAACGUUUCUACGCCAUUCCUUUAUCCAUGGUUGUUUUUUCGUUCGCAAGACUUUUGCUGUUUUCCCGUUUGUAUAUAGGUGUGUCUUUUUAUAUGUAUAUAUUUCUUCUUGUGUAUAUAGACUAGUCUUUUCUUUUUCUUUUUUAUAAACUCUCAUACCAAUGGAUUCCAUUUCCUUUUUUUUCUUUUUUUGCUUUCCUUUUGUUUUUGUG